AUGGGCAGGAUUAUCUUCUAUGAGGACAGGAACUUCCAGGGCCGGUCCUAUGACUGCAGCAGCGACUGCUCCGACAUUCACAUGCACCUGAACCGCUGCAACUCCUGCAGGGUGGAGAAUGGGUGCUUCGUGGCGUACGACCGCCCCAACUUUAUGGGUAAUCAGAUCUUCCUGAAGAGAGGCGAGUACUCUGAUUUUCAGCGCAUGGGGAGCAUGAUGGGCAUGGGUAUGAUGGAUACUAUCCGCUCCUGCCGUAUGGUCCCAUUGCACAGAGGGCAGUUCAGGAUGAGGAUCUAUGAGAGGGAGAACUACGGAGGCCAGAUGCAUGAGCUGAUGGACGACUGCGAGUCUCUCCAGGAUCGUUUCUUGAUGUCUGACUGCCAGUCCUGCAACGUGAUGGAUGGCCACUGGCUGAUGUUCGAGCAGCCCAACUUCAGAGGCCGCAUGAUGUAUGUGAGACCAGGAGAGUACAGGAGCCUCAGAGACAUGGGGGCAAUCAACAUCUCCAGAAUCAGCUCCAUCAGGCGCAUCAUGGAUAUGUGCUGAUCGUUGUUUGAUUAAAGAAACUGUGUUGAAAAAUAAAAUUCAUAUUUUGAAGUAGUUUUCCGUGGUUUUGUAGUUUUAUUUAUGCUUUGCAAUGUAGCAGUGGUGCAAGGGGCACAAUUUUCCCCCUUGAAAGGUUAGAGGGAAACACUGAUAUUUUUGGAUCCUAAAAAAAUAAAGAUUUAUCUUUU